GCUUAAUUUCUCACGAUAAACGCGAUCAGCGACACUUAGAUCCGUGUAAUCGCCUCAAUCAUACGUUAAACCAAACACACUGCUUUAGAUCAGUCAUAGCUGCACCUUUCAGACUUCACUCUAUCUGUGGUUAAAAGCGCACGUGUCUUAUCUGGAAUUCGAUAGAGUUGAAUAGAGUGAUGCAUCUGAGUUCAAGUGUGUGCGCUCUUGCGGCGCUCCUGCUUCUGUCAGUCUCAGCAGACAGCUCGGAUCAAUGUGAUGAUGGAGCUGACAGCUGCAGUAAAUGGACCGAGACCUCUCACAAUCGACCUCUAAAUACAGAUGAUGUUGUGACGUACGAGCAGCUGAAGGAAAUGAUGUCCACCGGAAGCGUUCAGCUCUUCGAUGUUCGUGAACCAGAGGAACUGGAAGCAGGAUUUAUUCCAGGAGCCACUAACAUUCCCUUGGGAGACGUGGAGCAGGCCCUCAGACUGAACCCACAUCAGUUUAGAGAGCGCUACGGCGUCCCAAAGCCUGGUUUAGAGGACUCAGACUUUGUGCUGUACUGCCAGAGGGGCGUCCGCAGCCUCACCGCGCUGGAGACCGCAAAAGAUCUGGGAUACAGCAAGUAUAUGAACACACACACACACACA